AUGCCUCUCGGGAUCCACAACCCACUGCCCUCGUCCAUGAGGAGCGAGUGCAGGAAGGCUGGCAAGAUCCUCGCCUCGUUCAUUGACCCUCGACAAGCCUUUGGGCCAGACAAGAUUAUUCCCCCGGAAAUUCUGGCGGGCGCAAAGGGUCUCGCGAUCCUCUCUGUCUUGAAAGCGGGGUUUCUUGGUUCCGGUCGUUUCGGUUCCGGCGUCGUCGUUGCUCGACUCCCAGAUGGCUCAUGGUCGGCACCCUCCGCGAUCGCCACGGCUGGCGCCGGGUUUGGAGGACAGAUUGGCUUUGAAUUAACCGAUUUUGUGUUCAUUCUCAAUGACGCGGCCGCUGUUCGCACCUUUUCGCAGGCUGGCAGUAUCACGUUGGGUGGAAAUGUUUCGAUCGCGGCAGGGCCAGUGGGAAGAAAUGCCGAAGCUGCUGGUGCGGCCAGCGCAAGAGGCGUUGCCGCCGUCUUUUCUUACUCCAAGACCAAAGGCUUGUUUGCUGGAGUCAGUCUGGAGGGGAGUGUCCUGGUCGAGCGCAGAGAUGCCAAUGAGAAGUUGUACAACAGCCGCGUCACUGCCCGUCAACUGCUGAGCGGCUCCAUCCCUCCUCCUCCAGCGGCCGAGCCACUCAUGCGGGUGCUCAAUUCCCGGGCGUUUUCGGGGUACGGCAGCGCAGGAAGCUAUGGGGACUCCAUGUACAACGACAUCCCGAUCUAUGACGACAACCAUGAUGAUCUGGUUUGGGAGGGUCGCCGGGGCCCGGCGUACGGCGAAGGGGUGAGAAGGGACCGUGCAGGCCCGUAUGAUGACUACGAAUACCACGAUCGGCCCCGUCGCACGACCACGUGGACCGACGAUGUCUAUGAUCGACCCAGCCCGGGAUCCCUGAACCGAUCCUACACUACUCGAGCAAAUCCCUCCGAGACGUUUGAUAGCAUCGCUCAGAGGCGUGGUGGUUUUAACGAUGAUGGCAAGCCGUCCCGUCCCACCGCCCCGAAGCCGGUCUUUGGACAGCGAACCGGAGCAGCCCCGGAAACUCGGAAGGACCAGGCGAUCGCUCUGUACACGUUCGACGCAGACCAGGAGGGUGAUCUAGGGUUCAAGAAGGGCGAGAUCAUCACGAUUUUGAAGAGGACGGACAAGGCAGAGGAUUGGUGGACGGGACAGAUAGGCGACCGCAUAGGCAUCUUUCCCAGGGUGGAGCCACUGGCGUCGAUGCAAGUGGCGGCUCUGGCCAUCGCAGAUCGAUCUACUCGCACGGUAUUCUCUCUGUCCAGUGAUACCAAGGCUCUAUUGACACAACAAUUCUAUCCCUUUGAUGCCGGAUUCCCCCAAAGUUGCAGGACUGGAGUUCUUGACUCGCGGGCACUUGGACUUGAUUUCGGUUGA